CCCAUCCCUAGAAGGUUCGGAAGGUUCGGCGCCAUGUCAUCCAAAGAACGUGCUGGAGGAGCAGAGCUGCCAAGCUACCUGAAGGUGGUCAAGCAGCUGGGACGUGGCGCCUAUGGGACCGUCUACCUUUGUGAGGACAAGAAAUCGGGUGAGCAGGCGCCGAGGGGAAACGCUGAAACGGUGAUAUCUGGAAGCUCAAGACGAUCUGGAUGGUGACCGAUUGGAUCCGAUUCAUCUUUUUGACCAUGGACCCCAUGAUUGUUUAUUUUCAUAUAGUUUUUUCAACAAAUCUCCAUCGGGUCCGGGAGGAAUCUUAUUUGACCCUCCCUCCACGCAGUCCACCUGGUUCGCAUUACAGCAGGUGGCUGUGAAGCAGGUGAAACAAGCGGCACGGCAUGGGAAAAGUAUGCUGCGGGAGAUCCGGCUGCUGGCACGCUUGCGCCACGAGAAUCUCCUGUUCCUUCUGGACUUUCCUGCUGUUUCAUCUCCAAACUUUGAGGAUAUCUAUCUCGUCCUGCCGUACCUGGCUGCGGAUCUCCACAAGAUUAUCCAGUCACAGCAGGCCCUGACCGAGAAGCAUGUGCAGGUCAUCUUGGUUCAGAUUUUACGAGCCAUGGAGUACCUCCAUGCCAGUGGCGUGGCUCAUCGCGAUUUGAAGCCGGCGAAUAUUCUGCUCUCCUCAGAUUGCAAGCUGAAGGUCUGUGACUUUGGGCUGGCCAGGGGAGGCCUCGGCGAGAGCGACGAGCCGGAAGAGGCGUGCGGCGUCUUGACGGAAUACGUGGUCACGCGCUGGUACCGAGCCCCUGAGGUAAUGUUGCUUCCAAAGCAAUAUUCGACAGCGGUGGACAUUUGGUCCGUUGGCUGUAUCCUUGGGGAGAUUCUGGGAAGGAAGGCGAUGUUUCCGGGCAAGAAUCACAUCGACAUGGUUUGCAUGGUGGCCAAGGUCCUUGGAAAUCCCACAGACUCUGAACUGAAUUGGCUUCCCAAGGAUACCGAUGCCUACAAAUUCCUCCGGAAGGUGUGUCCUCAAGGUUCUGGCGUGAACUUAAGUUCCACCUAUCCCCGGGCAUCGUCAGCAUGCUUGGACCUCCUCAAAGCCUUGCUGUGCUGGGAUCCCCAGGAAAGGCUCACAGCGUCUGACGCGCAGAAACACGAGUACGUGAAGCACUACUAUCCUCGUGAACCACCUCCUCCACCUGAGCCUUUUGACUGGACCUUCGACGGCUUCAAACCAACGACCAAGACCGUGCAGGCGAAGCUAUAUGAAGAGUGCGCGCGCUACCACCCGGAAAUCCGAGCACGAGAUGGCCUCUCUCCAAGCGGAGCCCCCGCAGGUGGCUAUCCGAUGAAAUCCGAGGCUCGCCCAGAUCGUUCCCCCAGGCAUUCUCAGAGAGACGCGACCCCGACGAAGAGCAAAUCUGAACGCUCAAUCACACCGGUGCCGGGUGCCCUCAACGGUCUCGCUCGUGCGGCCAUGCGCUUCCGCUCGACCACGCCACCGCCGAACACGGGGACGCCCCGGAGCGAGCGGCGCACCUCGCAGCCGGGCGUGCCCGAUGUGCGGAGCCGCUGAGGAAGGAGAUCCCAGUCGAUGGGUUUCCAGAUGGGGCACCAGGAUGUGACGAAGGACAACACAACAAUUGAGGCGUGCGACAGUCUUCCAUUUUCUCAGUGAAAAUCUGUAGCAUGCUUGGAUUGCUAGUUGGUGGAGUAAUCUCCAGCGUGACGGGCCAUAUGCGAAGCACAUGUGCCCAGCGCCCUGCUAGUUGUUAGGUCACGGGCUACUACUUCCAUGCUUCUUCCAC